AACCAAACAAACAAACAAACCUCUGUUUCUUCGUCUCCGUUGAACAACAAAAAACUAAAUUAAAAAGGAAAAAAAAAAUCCGAAUUAAGUUUCCUAGAAAGAGAGAGAGAGACUAUCGCGAUACUAUUGGUCGUAGAAACGGAAAGUCGCAGAGAAGUUGCAGAGAGUAGGGGGAGAGAUUGAGAGGGAAGACAGAAAUGGCGACGUCGUUGCCGGAAUUGCAGCGAGGAGAAGGGAUGAUAUUGUCGAGCUCGGUGAAGAAGGUGGAGUCGAAAGGUUGUUUGGAGAGCGGCGACCAAAAAUCGCCGAUUCUCAUAUUUCUUUACUUCCACAAGGCCAUAUGUAAUGAGCUCGAUGCGCUUCACCGAUUAGCCAUGGCCUUUGCCACUGGACAGACCGUCGAUGUUCGCUCACUCUUCGAACGGUACCGUUUCCUCAGAUUGAUUUACAAGCACCAUUGCAAUGCCGAAGACGAGGUUAUUUUUCCAGCUCUUGACAUACGUGUCAAGAAUGUGGCACAAACAUACUCACUUGAGCACAAGGGUGAAAGCAGUCUUUUUGAUCAAUUAUUUGAGCUGCUAAAUUCUUAUAUGCAAAAUGAUGAAAGUUUCCCAAGAGAAUUAGCAUCUUGCACAGGAGCUCUUCUGACAUCGCUUAGUCAGCACAUGGCAAAGGAAGAGGAACAGGUUUUUCCCUUGCUUAUUGAGAAUUUCUCUCUUGAAGAGCAGUCAUCUCUAAUCUGGCAGUUUGUAUGCAGCAUUCCUGUGAACUUGGUAGCGGACUUCCUGCCAUGGUUAGCAUCUUCUAUUUCACCUGUUGAAUACCAGGAUAUGCGCAAGUGCUUAAGUAAGAUAAUCCCAGAAGAGAAGCUUCUUCAGCAGAUUAUUUUCACCUGGAUGGAAGGGAGAAAUGGUACAAAGACAGCGGAAAGUUGUGUAGAUAAUCCUCAGGAUCAAUACUGUGCAAAUUCCACUUGGUGUGCAAGUUCUCAUGAAUUGGAUAAUGUCACAUGUACAUGUAAGCAAUACAAGAUCGGGAAAAGGAAAUAUUUCGAGUCAACUAAUGAUGCUUCAGACAGUAUUGGAACAUCAACACACCCAAUAAAUGAAAUAUUGCUUUGGCAUAGUGCUAUUAAGCGAGAAUUGAACGAGAUAGCUGAGGAAGCUAGAAGAAUACAACUUUCUGGAGAUUUUACAAAUUUAUCAGCCUUUGAUGAUCGGUUGCAGUUCAUUGCUGAUGUUUGCAUCUUCCACAGUAUUGCUGAGGACAAAGUCAUAUUUCCUGCAGUAGAUGGAGAAUUCUCUUUCUUCCAAGAGCAUGCUGAAGAAGAAAGUCAAUUUAAUGAGUUUAGACGUUUGAUAGAAAGUAUUCAAAGGGCAGGUGCAAAUUCUAACUCAGCUGCUGAUUUUUAUGCAAAGUUAUGCUCUCAUACUGAUCAAAUAAUAGAAACUAUACAAAGGCACUUCUACAAUGAGGAAGUUCAGGUUCUUCCACUAGCCCAAAAGCUCUUUAGCUUCAAAAGGCAGCAGGAACUUUUGUACCAAAGCUUAUGUGUGAUGCCCUUGAAAUUGAUUGAGCGUGUCUUGCCAUGGUUAGCGGGGUCACUAACUGAAGAGGAAGCCAAGAAUUUUCUUAAAAACAUGCAAUCUGCAGCUCCAUCAGCGGAUACUGCUUUGGUAACACUUUUUACUGGCUGGGCUUGCAAGGGUCGUAACAAGGGUGCAUGUUUGUCAAGUGCAAUUGGUUGUUGUCCUGCCAAAAAAUUCAUUGAUAUUGAAGCAGAUAUUGUUAGAUCAUGCUCUGCAUGUGCUUCUGCAUUUCUCUCUAAGGAUAGCUCUGUAUCAGUUUGUGGAGAUGACAACAAAAGGCCAGUCAAAACAAAUAUUCUAGUGUCAUGUAAAAAUAGCAAUGCCCUCAAUCCAUCUUGGGCGCUAAGUUCCCAUGAACUCUCUUGUACUGAUUGGUCUUGUUGUGUCCCAGGUUUAGGAGUGAACAGCAAUAAUCUGGGACUCACUUCUCUUUCUACUACCAAGUCUUUGCGGUCCUUGUCUUUCAGCUACUCUGCUCCAGCUCUUAACUCCAGUCUUUUUGUUUGGGAAGCACAUAAUAGCUCCUCUGAUAUUGGGUAUGUAGAACGACCAAUUGAUACAAUAUUUAAGUUUCAUAAAGCCAUAAGCAAAGACUUGGAGUAUCUGGAUGCUGAAUCUGGAAAGCUCAGUGAUUGUGAUGAGACACUUCUUCAGCAGUUUAUUGGAAGGUUCCGAUUGUUAUGGGGCUUAUACAGAGCUCAUAGUAAUGCUGAGGAUGAUAUUGUUUUUCCAGCAUUGGAAUCCAAAGAGGCACUUCAUAAUGUGAGUCAUUCAUACACGCUGGACCAUAAGCAAGAGGAAAAAUUGUUUGAAGAUAUUUCAUGUGUCCUUUCUGAGCUUUCACGCCUUCAUGAAAGCUUGCAAAAGUCUGACAUGAUGGAGGAUUCAGCAGGAAGUAAAAUUGAGCUUUCUGUUGCCCAUGAUGAUGAUUGUAUGGCAAAGUAUGGUGAACUAGCCACUAAGCUGCAAGGAAUGUGCAAAUCUAUAAGAGUUAGUCUUGAUCAUCAUAUUUUGAGAGAAGAAGUUGAGUUGUGGCCAUUGUUUGGAAGGCAUUUUUCAGUUCAGGAGCAAGACAAAAUAGUUGGCCGCAUAAUUGGUACUACUGGUGCUGAAGUGCUGCAAUCUAUGUUGCCCUGGGUAACUUCUGCUCUUACUCAGGAUGAGCAGAACAAAAUGAUGGACACGUGGAAGCAAGCAACCAAAAACACAAUGUUCAAUGAGUGGCUUAAUGAAUGCUGGAAAGGACCAACAGAAUCAUCUUUGCAGAAUGAAACUUCAGAGUCUAGCAUUACUACAGAAGACAACGAGUUUCCAGGGAGCUUGGACCAAAGUGAUCAGAUGUUUAAGCCUGGGUGGAAGGAUAUCUUCCGUAUGAAUCAAAAUGAGCUUGAGUCUGAGAUUAGAAAGGUGUAUAAGGACUCAACUCUUGAUCCAAGGAGAAAAGCAUAUCUUGUUCAAAAUCUUUUGACUAGUCGCUGGAUAGCUGCUCAGCAGAAAUUACCCCAAGCUACAUCAGGUGAAACUUCUAACAGUGAUGACAUAAUGGGAUGCUCACCAUCAUUUCGAGAUCAGGAAAAACAAGUAUUUGGAUGUGAGCACUACAAGCGAAAGUGUAAACUUCGUGCUGCUUGCUGUGGCAAGUUGUUUACCUGUAGAUUUUGUCAUGACAAAGUGAGCGAUCACUCAAUGGAUAGAAAAGCAACAUCAGAAAUGAUGUGCAUGAACUGUCUGAAGAUUCAGGCAGUUGGUGCAAUCUGCACAACACCUGCAUGUAAUGGACUUUCAAUGGCAAAGUAUUAUUGCAAUAUAUGCAAGUUUUUUGAUGAUGAAAGGACUGUAUAUCAUUGUCCCUUUUGCAAUUUAUGUCGUGUUGGGAGGGGUCUUGGCAUUGAUUACUUUCAUUGCAUGACAUGCAACUGUUGCUUGGGAAUUAAGUUAGUGAAUCACAAGUGCCUGGAAAAAGGUUUAGAGACAAAUUGCCCCAUCUGCUGUGAUUUUUUGUUCACUUCAAGUGCAACAGUCAGGGCAUUGCCUUGUGGCCAUUACAUGCAUUCAGCUUGCUUUCAGGCAUACACUUGCAGUCACUACACCUGCCCAAUAUGCAGCAAAUCUUUAGGAGAUAUGGCGGUGUACUUUGGCAUGCUUGAUGCAUUGUUGACCACAGAGGAGCUUCCAGAGGAAUAUAGGGACCAUUAUCAGGAUAUACUGUGCAAUGAUUGUGAUCGAAAGGGCACUGCACUCUUCCACUGGUUAUAUCAUAAAUGUGGAUUUUGUGGAUCUUACAAUACUCGGGUGAUUAAGAGUGAGUCAGCGAAACCCGACUCCUCUGCAUCACAUCAAUGAGAGGUUAGUCUGUACAUAGUUGUCAAUUCAAUCAAAUUUUCUGCCCAAAAGAAAAGUAGUUACUUGUCAUUACGUCUAUAUGUUCUGCUAAAAUGUGUAACUCCUGUAGAAACUGUUGAAAAGAUUAUAGAAUAGACGAUAGAAAAAGCAAGAAAGGGAGCAUUGCUUUCGAUUUCAAUUCGGAAGUAGUAGCAAUAGUGUGUUUGAAUACUGCAUUGUAUAGCCGCCAACUGCUCUCACUCUCUCUCUCUCUCUCUGUCUUGUAAGUAUCAAGCAAGCCUAUUGAACUUUGGUCUUUCCCCUGUGCGGAGAAAUAUUACGAUUGUCAAUAUUGAGCUAAAUCUGAUUGCAAGUGAGGUUCAAGGAUUCUAU